UUAUUUAAUUUUUAUUUUAUGAUUUUUAUGAAAUUUGGGUUUGGAUUUGGUGAGUGCAGAUGACAUUCAACUCUCUUUGGCUGAAGUCAAACUUGCUUGGUUACCCAUUCCGAUUUUGCUUGAUGACAUUGUUGCUUGGAUAGUGCAUAUUGUUGCUGCCAUCCUUAAGAGUUUCCAAAUUUCUGCCUUCAGUAUGGAUGCUGCAAAUGCUGGACGGAUUGACCAUACACGGCCUGGCCCUAUUGACGAUUCGGUGUUAAAGUUGCAGUCCACCCAUCGGUCAGAAGCUAUUUGGAAUGGAUAGGAUCCAGGGGCCCUUACUUGCCGUGGCCGUACUGAAGAGUUCUCAAACCGAGAACCAAUGGUAGAUGAUCGAGUUGUUGACAUUAUUAAGGCAUUGGGGUUGGAGGGACUGCUGAGGCAGCCGGGUAGAGAGCUUGACCACGGCCUAAUUACAGCCUUAGUGGAGCGAUGGCGGCCCGAGACUCACACCUUCCACAUGCCACAUGGUGAGAUGACCAUUACAUUGCAGGAUGUGGAGGUGAUUCUCGGGCUUCCUAUCGAUGGUGACGCUGUAACAGGGAGCACACAGAAAACUUGGACGGCUGUGUGCGAGGAGUUCCUUGGCUUUCAACCUAUAACUCAAGACCAGCAUAAGGAACUUCAUGGGCAAAGGAUUCUCAUCAAACGGCUUUUGGAGCAAGUUGCUAAUCCAUUGCCGCCUAAUGCCGAAGAGGAUGAGCUGCAUAAGUACGCACGAUGCUAUAUCCUAGCGCUACUGGGGGACACAAUAUUCAUGGACAAAUCUGGCGAUAGGGUGCAUCUAAUGUGGGUGCAGCAGUUGGAAGACCUUCGCAACCCACGAAGGUACAGUUGGGGGAGUGCUUGCCUUGCAUGGUUGUACCGAGAGCUAUGCAGGGCAAGCCAUAAGGAAACCAGUCAAAUCGGUGGAUGCCUACUGUUGGUGCAGUAUUGGGUAUGGGCCAGGUUUCCUUAUUUGUGCCCGGCAAUUGAGCGUGGCCCACCAGUAGGCGCUUAUGGUCCUCCAGCGCGUGGUCCUCUGUACUUGAAGUGGGCGUGGGUCCCAAACAAGAAAAACAGGCCUGCCCACAUCUUCAGGGAUAGGUAUCGCCAGCAAAUAGCUUCAAUGCUGCCAAGCCAGGUGGUGUGGCAGCCGUACGAAGCCCAUUUUGAGGACCUUCCGCCAUGGUGCGUUGCAGGGAGGGCUGUGUGGACGGCAACGGUGCCGCUUGUAUGUUUCCACCUAGUAGAGAUACAUACACCGGAUCGUGUCGUUCGUCAAUUUGGGAUGAUCCAAGAAAUUCCCGAAGAUGUUAACACUGACCCCGUGCUUCAUGCCAUUGAUUUGAGGGGGAAGGUGGGCGUUGAUUGGAUGCGGAAACAUGCCACCCAUUUACUAAAUUGGGGUAACCGCCUUCAACGGUGUUGUCAAGCAGUGCUUGGUGAUAUGCCUCCAUAGCAUGAGUACUUCGACUGGUUCAAAAGGGUGACUCGGAGGUUCAUUGAUGUUCCUGGUGCUACAUUGACUAUACUGAUUGAAGGAUACCUUCGUUUGUUGAGCCGUCACCCGGUGGGCACGGAGGACCACGAGGAUAUUAUAGAUGUGCUGACUGCAGUACAGGCGAUUGGCCGUGUACGACCUCGGGACCCUGAGGUCCCGAAUGAGGAGGCAGCUACUCCUGCCGCAGCAGCUACUCCUGCCGCAGCAGCUACUCCUGCCGCAGCAGCUACUCAGAGGCCAAGCACUACUGAGAGCCCAAGCACGAGCAUAGCUCCCACUACACGUCUGCGUGUUCGUACCCCUCGAGUUGUCCCUACCUCUGAUCCCCCUCCACCCACCCCACAUCCAUCCCUUAGCCCCACAAUCCCUUCACCCACCCUACAUCCAUCUCGUAGUCCCACCAUCCCCCCAUUGACUCCACAUCCUUGUGUUGGGCCUGACAUUCGUCCACCCACCCCACGGUCAUUUCCCGAUGUGUCACCUAUUCCAUCCUUUGACUUGGGUAUUCAUCUAACCCCACCUGACAUACAGCAGGAGCCACCCUCUGCCAGUAUGUCUACUGGCCCUUCAUCAGCCAUCACCCCACCCCAUGUUGAUGUUGAGGAAGCUGGUGGGUUACCUGUUCAACAAGAAGGUCGGCCGAAACGCAUAUCAAAGGCACCUCCUUGUGGGACAGGAGGGCACAAACAUGGACACAACGCUGGGCCCGAGGCAUCUGACGAAGGACAUGCAAGACCUCCUCCUUAUUAUACGAGACGGCAUAAGGUCCAAAAAAGAUGAUGAUGCUAUGAAAAGACCGGAAGCACCAAAAUUCAAGUUCAGCACAAUAAAAGUAGCAACAAAUAACCUUUCCAAUGCCAAUAAGGUUGGAGGAGGCAGCUUUUAGGUCGAUUUUGCAGUGGCUGGUUAUUCAAAACGAGGCCUUACUGUUGCUUACUUAUUUGACCCGUGAAGCUGAGGAGAUUCAAAAAAUUGUGGUCUUCGAAGGUGCAUUUGAGAAGAUUUUCAGCAUCAUUAAAGAGGAAGGAGGUUCAGAAGGUGGUGUUGUUGUGCAGGAUUCUGAAGAUCUGGGCCUUGGGAUUGAUAGCUUCAACAACAAUCCCUGCUUCUGAACAUAUAGAGGACUAUAUAAAUGAAGAAGAUGGUUUGAAGUAACUUGAUAUCUUACUGAAAAGUAUAUAACUACACUACCUGUUCAGACUGAGUUGGAAACCAAGAUUUAUGUGAAGUUUUAUGAGCAUAUGACAGAAAUUCUAUUUUGUACAUGUCUUGAGUGGUGAUGCAUCCUUUGCUAAUGCACGGUUACCUUUGUUGGUGCAUUCUGUUGGGGUAUCUUUAUGUGUCUGCCCUUUCUCUUGGUUCAGUACAUUAUAGAGGUAGGGGAACCGGGUCAGAAGGCUGGUUGCGUGAUUUUGGUUCAGCUUUAAGUUAUGGUUCUAAAAGUAGUACUUAUUUUUUGGUUAUAUUUUUUCAUGCUUGUACCUUUUGGGUUCUAAUGCUCACUAAUUCAAAACCUUGAACAUACCUAUCAAAUUAAGAUUAUUGGUUCUCACA